AUGUAUGAGUAUUCGGGUCAAAACGACAACGAUGAAGCACGGACAGGCUGCGCUCGAAGCGAAAGCGGCUCGGCUGUGAAAGCGGCUGCGCUCGAAGCGCUGCGGUGGAGACAGAAGUUGGAAUCGAGCAACCCCGUGGCAGUUUUUCCGAAGUUUGUUUCUGCACUACUUCUGGUAUUUUUGGAGAAUGAUGAAAAAGACGUAGAACAGUUGAAGAAGACGUUAAAAAAAUCGUGCUUAAUGGUUGCCAACCUAAAGGAAAGCUUCAAACUGUGGGCUCAAGAGCGCGAGAGAUGCAUAAAAAUACAAGGAGCUCUUUGUUGUCUCCUACCAGCUGGCUGUUGA